UCAGGUUGGAGCUGGGCUGGCUUGGGCUGCACCCGGAUGCCCUCCACUCACUCUCCCUAGUGCUUCAACCAUUGCUCUUUCCCUGUUCUCUGCUUUUUCGCCCCAGGUCAGGGCUGGGGGACCAGGGAAACCCAGACACCUCAUUUAUGCUCUUUCCACCUCUAGGGGGGCCAUGGCCAGUGCAGAGUCCUCGCUGCUCAGAUUCCUAGGCCCCCGCUCUGGUGCUGGCAGCAGUGAGGUGGAGCAGGACUGCUGGUUUGACGAGGAGUUCAAGUUCAUCUUGCUACCUGUGAGCUAUGCAGUUGUCUUUGUGCUGGGAUUAGGCCUCAAUGCCCUGACCCUCUGGCUCUUCCUCUUUCGCCUCCGACCCUGGGAUGCAACGGCCACCUACAUGUUCCACUUGGCAUUGUCAGACACCUUGUAUGUGCUGUCAUUGCCCACCCUCAUCUACUAUUAUGCAGCCCGCAACCACUGGCCCUUUGGCACUGGGCUCUGCAAGUUCAUCCGCUUUCUCUUCUAUUGGAACCUCUACUGCAGUGUCCUUUUCCUCACCUGCAUCAGUGUGCACCGCUACCUGGGCAUCUGCCACCCUCUGCGGGCACUACACUGGGGCCGCCCUCGUCUGGCCGGCCUUCUCUGCCUGGCAGUUUGGUUGGUUGUAGCUGGCUGCCUUGUGCCCAACCUGUUUUUUGUCACAACUAGCACGAAGGAGGCCACCAUCGUGUGUCAUGACACCACUCAGUCUGAGAAGUUUGACCACUAUGUGCACUUCAGCUCGGCAGUCAUGGGGCUGCUGUUUGGUGUGCCCUGCCUGGUCAUUCUAGUCUGCUAUGGGCUCAUGGCCCAGCGCCUGUAUCGGCCCUUGCCAGGGGCUGCCCAGUCAUCUUCUCGUCUCCGUUCCCUCCGCACCAUUGCUGCAGUGCUGACUGUCUUCACUGUGUGCUUUGUGCCUUUCCACAUCACCCGCACCAUUUAUUACCUGGCAAGGCUGUUGGAAGCUGACUGCCAGGUUCUGAACAUUGUCAACAUGGUCUACAAAGUGACUCGGCCCCUGGCCAGCGCCAACAGCUGCCUGGAUCCUGUGCUCUAUCUGCUCACUGGGGACAAGUAUCGACGUCAGCUUCGGCAGCUCUGCUUUAGUGGUGGGCCCCAGCCCUCUACAGCUGCCUCCUCCCUGGCGCUGGUGUCCCUGCCUGAGGAUAGCAGCUGCAGGUGGGCAGCCACCCCCCAGGACAUUGGCUGCCCUACCCCUAGGGCAAGUAGAUUGUAACUCUGGAAGUUGGGAAGUGAGAGAAAAGAGGGUGAGUGCAGGGCAGAGAUGUGAGAACCCAAUAGUGAUACCUGAUAAGGCACUUCCUUCUCUUUCCCAGGCUCUGGAGAGAAGCCCUCAACCUGAGGGCUGGGGGGAGGCAGAGAAAUCAUGUGUGACCCCAUUGCUCAUAAACCCUUCCCUUGCCCGCUCCUCUUUAGCCAAAGGCAGUAGCAGUCACUCCUCUGCCUCUACUUCUUUCUCUGUGUUUAUGGCCCUUCCUGGGGCCAUUGGUCCUGUUUCUUGAUCCUAUAAGGCUUCCUGGAGAUCUUCCCUAGUCCUCUUUCCCCAUCCCAUUUCCCCUCAUCCUCCUAUAGCAUAUGUUUCUCCAGCCAGACGAGAGCAU